AUGGCUCCAAUCUCAGAUGACAACCCCAAGCAUGGCGACGAAGGGGCGGUAUCCCCGUCUAAACGCCGAUUCAGCGCAACUGAAUCUUUAGACCGACUCCAAACCACACACCCUGUGAUUACACCUGAACCCCCGACCCUCGAUAUUUGUUCCAUUCCAGCCACGUCCGCUCAACGAUGUCAAGCAUCUAAUCUCACAACCUCUCGUGAUCAAGAUGUCUGUCUUCCGGAAAAGAUCGCACUCCAAGAAGACGCCGGGCAAGGUCUACCGGAAACAUACGGUGAAGAAACAGUCUUGUACCUAGCAUACGGGUCAAAUAUGGCUGCACAGACUUUUCUUGGUAUGCGCGGUAUCAAGCCCAUCUCGAAAAUUCCCGCUCUCAUACCCGAACUCUACCUCACUUUUGAUCUACCUGGAUUACCCUAUGCCGAGCCCUGUUUUGCAGGCACCAACUACCGAGACCCCGAUUCACUCCCCGACCAGAGUUCCGAGUCCGAAUAUGACACCGAAGAGGACAUGUCUCUAGUGACAGAAAGCGAGUUCUUAUCUGAGAAAGCACCCCUGGUUCAGUCAAAAGCGCUGCGCAGUAGCGAAUCUCAACAAAAAUGGAAUAAGCCUCUCAUAGGUGUCGUCUACGAAGUAACACUAAAAGACUACGCGAAAAUUAUUGCAACAGAAGGUGGUGGCCGUGGAUACCGUGAUGUAGUCGUCGACUGCUUCCCUUUUGCAGAAGACUACACUUCUACAAACCCAGUCCCAUACCAUCCAUCCACUCAGCCCUUCAAGGCACACACUCUUCUUUCGCCCGCAGCGGAUGACGCGCGCAAGAGAACACAAGCUGCUAAGACUGGUGAAUCUUCAGUAUCAAGUACUAGAUCUUGUGCUAUAAGUUCGACUUUUGGAGAUGUCGGAGUACAUAUGCGUCCCGACCCGGAGUAUGCGCAGCCAUCUGCGCGAUAUCUGGGCCUGCUCAUUAAGGGCACUGAAGAGCACGACUUACCUGUGUCAUACCGGGAGUAUCUUUCUCAUGUUCGACCGUAUGAAGUCACUACGACUCGUCAGAAAAUUGGAAAAUGGAUAUUCCUUAUCUCGUGGGGCCCAGCUAUACUGAUGACACUGCAGAUCUCAAAGAGGUUCGCUGGGCCUGAUGGGCGCAGUCCUCCAUGGGUUAUUUCCUCGGCAAAUCUUCUAUUUGCCGGCAUGUGGAAUUCCUAUGAUUAUAUCUUCAAGCGGGUGUUUGGCGACGGUGAGAGGACUAUUGGUGAUAUCCAGGCGAUGUAA